AUGUCGGCAAUGCGUCAUUUGCUGGACCUCUGCAAACGCAGAGGCUUCCUCUUCCAGUCCGCCGAGAUUCAUGGCGGCCUACGUGGCGCGUACGACUAUGGUCCCCUGGGUGUCGAACUGAAACGCAACGUCUCCCAGGAGUGGUGGAACUCGAUGGUCUACCAACGGUCAGAUGUCGUCGGCAUCGAUACCGCCAUCAUCACCCCACCUGCCGUCCUCAAGACCUCGGGCCACGUCGACCAGUUCACAGACGAGAUGGUCGAUUCGCGGCUAUCCAAGGAACGGUUUCGACCUGAUAAGGCCCCUGCCCUGAAGCUGGUGGAUCAGGAUAAGGUGCUUCCGAUCUCGGCGCCGGAUAAGGUUACGGCCAAGGUGUGGGAACAGGAUAUCCGGACACAGUUUGCUAAGGGGGCGUUGAUCACUCGUAAGGGCAAGGAGAUCUUGCUCCAGGUCGAGAGGAUGGAGAAGGACAAGAUUGUCCUCAAGAAGGACACCGCCGCAGGGACAACAACAUCAGGAGAACCCACGGACCUUCACAUCCCCUAUCACGGCUACGUCGACCCCAACUCCAAUUCCCCCUUCCUCACAGAGUCACGUCCCUUCAACCUGAUGUUUAAGACCUACCUCGAUCCCAUCGACCCCAUCGACAAGGUCAUCACCACCACCCUCGAUGCUCAAAAGUCCCCCUCGACCUCCGAUCUGGCCAGCACUCGCCAAUUGGUCGACAAGACCCUCCUCCCUUCGCUCACCUACCUCCGACCCGAAACUGCUCAAGGUGUCUUUAUCAACUACGCAACCGUCCAACGAUCCCACCCGCACCUCAAGAUCCCCUUCGGAAUUGCCCAAAUCGGAAAGUCGUUCAGGAACGAGAUCCGACUGGAACAUGCCAUCUUCCGCACGCCCGAAUUCGAACAGAUGGAGCUCGAGUUCUUUGUCGCGCCCUGGCAGGCCGAGGAACAGUUUGUGGCCUGGAGGAAGUUUAGGAUGGACUGGUGGAGGUAUUAUGGACGGAACCAUGAUCGGAUCCGGGAGAGACCUCAUGCACAGGACGAGUUAGCACAUUAUUCGAGCGGUUGUGUUGAUGUUGAGUACUUGUUCCCCUGGGGUUGGGGUGAGGUUGAGGGAAUUGCAAACAGAGGUGAUUUCGAUUUGAGCAAACAUUCAGAGGCGACGGGGAUCAAAUUGCAAUACACGGACGCGAUCUUGAUGCAGGAGAGGCAGGUGAGGGAGAAGGCUACGGGUGUCAAGGAGACGAGUGUCGAGGUCUUGGCCAAGGAGAGAUUUACACCCCAUGUGGUCGAGUCGUCGUGUGGAUUGAACCGGGCCAUGUUGGCGUUGAUGCUGGAUGCGAUGGAGGUUGUUGACGAGCAGGGCAAGGUUAUCCCCUUCCCCGGCGAGAGCGACAACAAUUCAAGUAACGACAACGCGAUUGUGAGCAAGGGAGUCCGGACGAUCAUGAGGCUGCACCCUCGUUUGGCGCCUGUGAAGGUGGGUAUUAUGCCCCUGAUCUCGAACAACAAGGACUUGGUCGAGCUGUGCACAGGAAUCAGCCAGUCGCUGCGUCAGGAGCUGCAGGUCAAUGUGUCGUUGGAGACGCAGAGCACUACGAUCGGGAAGCGGUAUUACAGAAUGGACGAAAUUGGUACGCCUUGGUGUGUGACGGUGGACUAUGAGUCGUUGCAGGAUCGGAUGGUGACUAUCCGUGAACGCGAUACAGGCGAGCAGAGGCGUGUCUCUACUGAGGAGGUUGUUGAGAUUGUGAGGGACGGGUUGAGAUUACAUCCUCGUGGUUCUAAGCAGAAGACGAUAUAUUAA